ACACUGAUCGGCGACGCAAAAACAACAUGUCUGUUCGAAAUCACCGCAAAUAUUGUUUAUCCCCCAGUUAAUAAUUUAAAUAACGCAUAAUGACAACAGACGAGAGUAUUAUGGAGGAGAUGCUGGAAAGAGCAACAAAUCCGGCAAAGAAAAUCGACGAAUUGGGCGUGCAAAUGUUCUGCAUUGUGGUAAAAAGUAACGCCCAGUUGGUCCACAAGGCGCAGGAAAUGAUUGUGGGCAAGGUGCAAUCUUCCAAUGUGACGGAGGCGAUUCGAGCUAUUUCGCUGCUGGAGGAGUGCAUGACGCAGUGCGGUGAUGACUUCCAGGACGAGGCCGCCAAGUUCCGCUUCCUCAACGAGCUGAUCCGUUUGGUGUCAAAAAAGUACAAGGGCGCGGAGACGCCGCACGAGGUGAAGCAGCGGAUCAUGGAGUGCCUCCUCCUGUGGACCACGGAAUUCCCGCAGCGCCAGAAGAUCCGCGAUGCCUACGAUAUGCUGCGCAAGGAGGGCGACAUUGAGCACGGCACUACAGAGGCGGCGGUGGCAAAAAGAGAGAGUGUUCUGGGCACCAUCGACGAGGCCAUGUUCGCCAAGCUGAUCAAGAGCAAUAAUCCGGAAAACUUCAAGAGGGCCAACCUACUGCUGCAGUACAGGAUGGCCCAGGAAGCACGCAGAAACGAUCUGCUGGCCCAGCACCGCCUGGUUCUUAGCGAGGUGCAGGAGACGAUGCAGCUACUGAACCAGAUGCUGGACACCUACGAUCCAUCCAACCAGGACGUCAGCGAGACGCUGCACGAGCUCUACAAGAGCUGCAAGAAGCACAAGCCCAUCUUCCAGCAUCUGCCGCAGCUGCUAGACGACUCCGAUGCCCAGCUUGUCGCCGACACUCUGGACGCCAAUGGUGCUCUUCUGACCACAAUGCAGCGCUAUAAGCUUCUGGUGCCCUCACCAACGAAGAGCACUGCUCCUGCCCUGACCACGAAUAUUUUAACAUCAACAUCCACUGCCAAGACCACUUCCAGUUCGGCCACAGCAACAAGCUCUAAUAAUGCUCUGCUGCUAAACGAGCUGCUUGGAGAUUUGCUGAUCAGUGGAAGCAGCGAAAGUGCUGCGGCUACAGCCGCAACGAUACCAACUACCGCCACCAAUAAUUCCAAUUCCACGGCCGCUGGUGGAGAUCCCCUGGCCGAUUUGAGUGACAUCUUCAGUAGCGCCCUCGCCGAAAGUGAAGCCAAGCAGAACCAACCAUUCCAAAGUGCCACCACUUUGCUGGAGCCGCAGGUCUUGAGCCAAGGCACCACCACCGAGGAAUUGCCCAAUGGCAACGGGAUCGAUUGCAGCAAAGUACCAGGAUCGGCCAGAAAAAUGCCGCAGAUCGAUAUGCUCAGCGAGGAGCUCUUCCAGCAGAUCCUGCCCACCCAGGAGCGGAUGGCCAGCUUCAAACGCGAUCCCGAGAAGCUAACGCUCAACGACUUGGCUCGGGAAAGGAUGCAGGUGAAGUCACCAGAGGAGGAAACGGGUCCUCUUGCUGCUGCUGCUCCUUCAUCAGCUUCUGUUCCGGCUGAUACCGUAGAUGAUGAUUGUUCACUCCUUAGCGAGGAUGUGGAAAAAAGGGAAGAAGUCGUGGUGGCCCCGGUUGCAAUUGUUCCCCCGGCAAAGCCGCUUAGCGAGAUUCACGUGGAGCUGGACAACAUCCAGGCCACCGGGGAGCAGCGCAUCGUUCUCGACGAUGACGAUAUGCAGCUCAGUCUGAAUUUCACCAGCGAUCGGCCCGGCCAUCGUGUGUCGGUGAUUGUGAUAUCUGCCCAGAACAAGAGUCGUCAGCCAGUGCUCGACUUUCAGUUCGAGGCCAGCGUGAAGAAGCCCUGCAAGGUGCGCCUGCUGCCGCCAACGGACAGUCAGAUGCCUCCUCAUAAGCCUUUCCGCCCGGCCACGCCCAUUAAUCAGGUGAUGCUCCUACUUAAUCCCACUGGCAAGGCCGUGGAUGUUACCUGCAUCGUGGGCUACAAGCUGGGCGACGACCCAGAUCCCAUCAAGGAAUCGGUUGUGGCCCAGGGGAUCGACUAUGUGGACUAGAAUACCCAGACGAAGCUUACCCCGCUCCCGUCCACUUUAAACGCAUCAAAAAACAAAGACAACCAAACGAAAACAGUCAAUUUCCGCGAUUUAUGUUCCUUUCCUUCUCUUUUCUUUAUCUAAAAGAUAGUUUUGGUAUUUGAUUUCUGUGUUGUAUGUAUAUUUAUGCCCGUAAGAUUUUAUUCAAAUUGUAUUUUGCAUACACACGAUUUAGUCGUAAUAUAAUUAUGUAUCAAAGGUUUAUAAAUUAUGAAAAAGUCGCUACAAAAGCCAAGCGCUCAUUUUCA